UUUGGACUUUGCAAGGAUCUCUCGUCUGGCUAGAAAGUGUUUCUGAUUUUUCUUUUUCUGCAUACGCUCUCGGCUCUCCCGCGUAUGAUCUUCUUCUCCUUCGUCUUCUACUACUUCUUCUUCUUGGAAAUCCUAUCUUCUGAUAAUAUCUUUGUCAAGGGUGUAAAAGAUCAUGAAAGCUACUUCCACCCCUUUGAUUCUCUCUGUAUAAUCUCUCUAUCGGAUGUGACUCCACCUCUCUCUCUCUCAAAAAUAAUUGUGUAUGGCGACAACCCGAAUCAACCAAAUCCGGAAGCGAUCUCCAAACCCUAAUCCUUCCGAGUUCCGACUCUCUUUUAUACACCAUCCUACUUCAAUCUAUCAUCAUCCCUCAAAUUCAUCUACAUGGCCACGGACGCCUCUCCCAAGUUCCAUCAGAACCCCGACUUUCGAGCAGUCCCUCAACCCUCCGAUUUCCACCCCGAGAUCACCGUUGCUUCCCACGAUGGCCUUGAAUUCUGGCAGUUCAUGAUCGCCGGCUCUAUCGCCGGCUGCGUGGAACACAUGGCGAUGUUCCCAGUUGAUACCCUUAAAACACGCAUGCAGGCCCUCGGGUCCUGCCAUUCUCAUCAGUCCUUUGGCCUCCGGCAAGCCCUUCGAUCAGUUUUGCAGCAUGAAGGCACAAUCGGCCUCUAUCGAGGAAUUGGUGCGAUGGCUCUUGGUGCCGCUCCCGCUCACGCAGUUUAUUUUUCUGUCUACGAGUUUUUCAAAGAGUACUUGUCAUCUGGGAAUCCGAACAAUUCGGCUGCCCACGCUGUUUCGGGAGUGUUUGCUACUGUUGCGAGUGAUGCCGUGUUCACGCCCAUGGAUAUGGUGAAGCAGAGGUUGCAACUGAGAAGUAGUCCUUACAGAGGAGUGAUGGAUUGUGUUAGAAGGGUGUUGAGAGAAGAGGGUUUUGAGGCGUUUUAUGCCUCGUAUCGAACUACUGUGUUGAUGAAUGCCCCGUAUACUGCCGUUCAUUUUGCGACGUACGAGGCUGCCAAGAGGGGGUUGAUGGAAAUAUCACCGGAGAGUGCGAGUGAUGAGCGGCUGGUAGUCCAUGCCACGGCUGGGGCCGCUGCUGGGGCUUUGGCUGCUGCUGUGACAACACCGCUCGAUGUUGUCAAGACCCAGUUGCAGUGCCAGAUGGCUACCAAUCUUUCUUAUGAGACAGAACAUUUAACGCUCAGUCCUGCACAUCUUGCAAAAUGGUUUUUUUUAUGAAGCUUGGGAACACCAUGACCUCAAGUGGGAAGGGGCAAUGAGAUUUGAACAUCCAUUGAGAGAAAAGAUGUUUGGAUAGUAAAACAAUAUACAAGAAAGUAUACAUUCUUGAUGGUAUAAAGUGGUUCUUGAUGUUUUUUUCUUUGUUUAUGCUUUAAAUGAUAUAAAACAUAACUGUGUGACUAUUAGAAGUUACUUGUCUAUUGGCACAGAGGCAGGUUGCAAAUUGAAGCCCUAAAGUUUGUUAUUUAUAUAUGCUUAGCAAAUGCUAUUCCCUGGUAUUAUCCUAAUGACAACUCAUAUGUUUUUUUCCCCUUUUUGAACACUAACAAUCAAUCACUAUUGAUUAUAUUUAUAAAUGAUGGUAUACAGACAGCAAAUGUGAGCACUUUUGUCCCUAUACCUAGCUACCUAACCCUAAUGUCCUUAAUGGCAACUCAUAUGCUAUCACUUGUUUAUUGAAGAUAAUUUAGACACUAUUUUGUUUACAGGUAAAAUAUUUUUAAGGUGCAGUCCUAAUUCGUGUUUGACCAUGCUGGGUCUUAGUAGUUGAUGAUUAUUAAAGCAGUAUGGCCUAAGCAUCACCAAAGCAACAUUGUCUAAGGCGGGCAGUGGCUAAGAGGCAAUAACAUUGGACUAUGAGAUUAGGUGACAAGGCAGUCUCUUGAAACCUUGACACCCAUGUUUUAUAGUUUUAAAAGAAAGAAAAGAAAGACAUACAGGUACUUGGAGGGGGAAUAUAGAAGCUAUUGGUUUUAGAUUUUGUUGGUAGACAACAAAAACGUAUAGGUACAGACUUAAAAUGCUAUCGAGGAAAAAGAAAGAAUGAUUAAGCAGUUAGUGAAAUGACUCUAGAAGACUAAAUUUAUGGUUCAGCAAUAUAUAGCAGCAGCCAACAAGAGGGCUUUUUACAUUGCUUGGUGACUUGGCGUAAUGGUAAAAUGUUGAGCUGACAAGCAUGAGAACAUAGGUUCGAGUCUAAGAGCGGCCACUCUGCAAAAAACGCCUAAGGAUAGGUCUGUAUCCAGUCUAUCCCUCCCAAAAAACCUGCUAGUGGACUUGGAUGCUUGAAGCUCUAAUAAUGUAUCAACUUAUCAACAAUCUUCUAUAUUUCACAUUCUUCUCUGUACUCAUAGAGAACAUGGUUUUUCCAGUUGGGGAAAUGAUAAGGAUGCAAGUAUGCAA